GAGGAGGCCUCGCGAGAUCCGCCCCCUUGCCCCUGACAGGCGGACGCGCUUUCCGGGCGUCAUGGGAGGGCUCUGGCGUCCGGCUUGGAGACGCGUCGUUUUUUGCGGGUGGUCUUGGAGCCACCUUGGGCGCCCAACCCGGCCUGCUGAGAGGGCAGAGCCGUGUCUCCGGCCGGGGAGGAGCGGGCCGGCGGGUACUGAGCAGGGGCUGAGGCGGCUCGGGACAUGGAGGCAACCGAGCCCGGCGGAGCAGCCGGCUCGGCGGCCGAAGAGCACGAACCCCUACACGCGCUCGCAGGAGGAGGACUGGCGGCGGCGGAACAAGACGGUCCUCACCUACGUGGCCGCGGCGGCGGUGGGCAUGCUGGGCGCGUCCUACGCCGCCGUGCCCCUUUAUCGGCUCUACUGCCAGACUACUGGACUUGGAGGAUCAGCAGUAGCAGGUCAUGGAUCAGACCAAAUUGAAAACAUGGUACCUGUUAAGGAUCGCAUCAUUAAAAUCACCUUUAAUGCAGAUGUGCAUGCAAGUCUCCAGUGGAACUUUAGACCUCAGCAAACAGAAAUAUAUGUAGUGCCAGGAGAGACAGCACUGGCGUUUUAUAAAGCUAAGAAUCCUACUGACAAACCAGUAAUCGGAAUUUCUACAUACAAUGUUGUACCAUUUGAAGCUGGACAGUACUUCAAUAAAAUACAGUGCUUCUGCUUUGAAGAACAAAGGCUUAAUCCACAAGAGGAAGUAGAUAUGCCAGUAUUUUUCUACAUUGAUCCUGAAUUUGCUGAAGAUCCAAGAAUGGUGAAUGUUGAUCUCAUCACUCUUUCUUACACUUUUUUUGAAGCAAAGGAAGGGCAUACGUUGCCAGUCCCAGGCUAUAAUUCAAAUCAGCAACUAAGUCCUGCUUCAAAUUUGUGAUUUUUAAAAAAUCAUGUACCUUGUCUUCUUAGAGAAGUAUUUAAACUAAUAUGAAGCCUUCUGUUUUAAAUGUUAUGUACGGAUGGUUCUUUUCUUCCCAACUCAUUUAUCCUACUUAAAAUGUAUGACAGUUCAAACCAUGUAUGUUAGCAGAAACUUGAUUCAGCUCCCCUUUAGGUUAUCAGCACUUCGUACUUGUAGCAAUAAAAUUUGUUAUUAUUUCUCAAA